AAUGAGCGAAUAAGAGAAGAAACCAAGAUAGAAUUGCAGGAAUUAACUAGAAGGAAUGAACGUGAAAAGGAAGAAGCUCGUCGAGAAGCGGAUAGAAGUGCACAGAUGUUAAACAGCAUUAGAGAACAACAAGGACAUUUCGACUCAAUGGCUACACGAUUGGAAGGCCUAAAUUUUGGGUUGGUUCAAGUGAGGGAUUUAGUAGCAAAUGUUAAUGAAAGCAACAAUAAAAUGGCAAAGGAAUGGCAUGAACAGCAAUUAGAGCAUUGGAAACGUUUAGACGAAGAAAGAGAGAGGCUGGAGAAUUCUAUAAGGACAAUGGAGAAGGAGAUGGAUCAAAUGAGAGAAUCUUAUCAAAAGGCUGGUUUACUCGGAACGUCCCACUUCAGUCCCUGGUCGUUUCAGUCCCGAGCUUGUAACUCGGGAAUUUGGAAAUAA